AUGACGUUAGCACCCCUCGAGAAGCCCUCCUUACGAGCCUACCCCAGUGCCCUGGUACCUCUGCGGAAGUCGGUGAAGCUCCUAUGCCAGGGCCCUCUGCAUGUGGACUUGUACCGCCUGGAAAAGCUAAAACCCAGGGAGUAUCAGGACCGGGACACCCUCUUCAUCUCAGUCAUGGAAGAGCGCUUCGCUGGGCAGUACCGCUGCUCCUAUCAGAACGGGAGCCUCUGGUCUCCGCCCAGUGACCUGCUGGAUCUGGUUGCUGUCGGGGUUUUCUCUCCACCCACACUCUCCGCCUGGCCCAGCACAGCAGUGUCCCCAGGACAGGAUGUGACCCUGCAGUGUAAGACAAACUUUGGCUUUGAUCAAUUUGCUCUGUACAAGGAAGGAGAUAUGGGACCCUCUAAGAGCCUUGAGACGUGGCACCCUGCCAAUUUCCCCAUCGUCACCGUGACCCCUGGCAACAGUGGAAUUUACCGGUGCUACAGCUUUUCCAGCUCUGCCCCGUACCUGUGGUCACACCCCAGCGACCCCCUGAAGCUCGUGGUCACAGACUUUGCCCACCAAGACUACACCAAGGUCAAUGUCGUGCGGAUCUGCCUUGGUGCGGCGGUUCUACUACUCUUGGCGGGGAUUCUAGCAGAAGAUUGGCGCAGUCAGAAGAAACUCCUGGUGCGUAGAGGCAGAGCCAUCCACAGGCCACUCCCACCACUCCCAUAG